AUGGAACGGAUCUGCGCCGUCACGAACGCAGCUGUCGGCGUGAAAUUCACGCCCUCGUUGAGCGAGAAUCCACCGCCACUUGUCCCUGUGGAACAGAUCCGCAAGGGUCUGAAUAUCUGUCCGCAUCGGCUAAAUGGCUGUUUUCUAUUAGAGCUGGACGCGGCGACGAUUCUGAAAGUCGGGGAGACGGUACGCAUGGGGGAAGCGGAGGCUAUGAUUCUGGUCCGGAAGCAGACGUCGGUCCCCGUGCCCCGGGUCUUGAAUGCGUAUGUGAUCGAGGAGGUAGGGUUCAUCGUGAUGGAAAAGGUUCCCGGCGACGAACUUGCGGAGAAUCUACCCCGCGCGAUCAAGGAGUCCCUAGCGGGGGAAUUACGGGGGUAUAUACAGCAGUGGCGCCAGAUCCGGGGCCCCUUCUUUGGCACGGUCGAUGGCGGUCCGUGUCAGGACGUAGUCUUCAAGCAUGCCUGGGAGAACAAGGAAUAUGACUACGGGCCGUUCACCUCCCGCGGGGAUUUCAAUCUCGGCAUGGUCGAGGCCUUGAGGAAGUCGAGGCCUAAUCUAACGCUGGAGACGCAGGAGGACGCCCUCUUUGCCGAGGAGCUCCUCGGGUCCGGGGCUGACCAGACAGACACCAGGAUAUUCACCCACGGCGAUUUGGACCAGUCGAAUAUUAUGGUUCGGGACGGGAGAAUCUCGGGCAUCAUCGACUGGGGGGCUGCGGGCUAUAGCGUGCCGGAGAGGGAGUACUUUGGCCUGCGGUGGCCAACGCUAGAUCUAGAUUGGCGCGAGCUCUCCACGACCAUCCUACCGCCGGACGGAUACGAAUUUUGGAAAAACGUCAACCGCGAGAUGAUGCGAUACACAUGUAUCUAG